AAAAAAUAUUUUUAAUGUAUUUUAGUUUUCGUAAUUAGUUUUACAAACAUUUUUAUAUUUAAGCAUGUGAACUGGACGUUUUUAGUGUUUAAUUGUAAUCGUUAAUUAGUCAUGUGUUGGAGAAAAGUGAUUCUUGUUGCCGUUUUAUCUUCAAUAUUAGAUGUCUACAGUGAAGAACUUUUCGGAGAUGAUGAACACAACAAACAGUUACUACAUCACCUGACGGAAUCUGAGAGGCUCUUCUUAAUCGGUGCUAAUUCUGACAAUGCACAAUUCGAGAUAUUGCAUUUACGACAACCAAAGCGUCGCAAACGGUCGAUUCAUCACGAUAAUCCAGAUCUAAACACGCUAAAGAAGCAUUUAGAUAUAAAAUUAAGUCCUAGACACACAUUCCUAGAUCCACAGUUCCUACUGAUAAGAAGAUGGACAAAUGGUACGCAAGCUGUGAUGGACCAACAUAAUGAUGAAGAGAUAGAUCUAUGUUAUUAUAGAAGUGAUACUGCAGCUUUGUAUGCUUGUGGUGAUUUGAGAGGCUUAUUUAAAGCUAAUGGUAGUAACUAUUAUAUACAUCCAUUGCCUGAAAGGUUUCAUAACGAAGAAACGAAACCGCACAUCAUCGUCAAAAAACAUGACGAUAGUCUAAACAACAACGAAAUAACAACAUGUAUAGAAAAAGAUAACAUUAACGACAGACAAGAAUCUGUAAGAUGGACAAAGCAUAGACGAAAAAGGGAAAUAACAAACAAAAGCAAUAUCACAUUGGAAGAAUUCAAACUAAAUUUAGCUCACAGGAAUAAAACUAUAGACAAAUUUAUAGAAAAGCUAAAACCAGAUUCUAAUAGACAGAAAAGAGCGAUAACUCCUCCUAUAUUUGUCGAAACAGCUGUGUUCGUAGAUAGAGAUUUAUACAAACAUAUGACAGUAAAUUUUCCUAAAGAUACGGAGAGAGAGUUAGUUAGAUUCGUUUUAGCGAUGAUAAAUGCUGUACAAUUAAUUUACCACGACCCAUCUUUGGGUAGAACAGUCAAUUUUAUACUAAAAAGAUUGGAAAUCUUACAUGAAGAUCCUGCUAAUCUGAAGAGACCGCACGAUAUUGAUAGAUUUUUAAGUAAUUUCUGUACGUGGCAAAGAUUAGAGAAUCCACCAGGUGAUAAUGACCCGUUGCAUUGGGAUCAUGCUUUAAUUUUGACUGGAUUGGAUCUAUACGUAGUCAAUAAGAAUGGUAAAGUCAGCAGUCAAGUUGUAGGAUUAGCACCAGUUGCUGGUAUGUGUACUGUUACAAGCAGUUGUACUGUAAACGAAGGCAGGCACUUUGAGAGUGUUUACGUUGUGGCUCACGAAAUAGGGCAUAAUUUAGGAAUGCGUCACGACGGCCCUCUAGCGGAUAACGGCUGCGAUCCAAGCGCAUACAUCAUGAGCCCGACCCUCGGUAGCGGCAAGAUCACCUGGUCUCAAUGCAGCAGAAAUUAUCUACAGAAGUUUCUAGAUACAGUACAAUCUCGUUGUCUACUAGACCACGGCAACUCCGCGGGUCAGCUCGACCAUAGCGCUGAGGGAAUCCUACCUGGGGAGAGAUUCGACGCUGAUCAACAAUGUAUGCUCAAAUACGGCAGCGGUAGUCGUCACUCCGCAGCUCAGAACUUGGAAGAUAUCUGUCGGGACCUGCACUGCCAGCGCGAAAGGUACACCUGGACCUCGCAUCCUGCACUAGAAGGCACUAGGUGUGGGGAUGCAAUGUACUGCCGUGGCGGUGCAUGUGUGGAACGCGAGGGUACUGUGCGCUCAGGGCGUGGCGCGUGGGGUCGCUGGUCGCUCUGGUCGGAGUGCGCCUCGGCUUGUCUACUGGACGAUAAACACGCGCCCGCCGCUGCCGGAGUUGCUGUCGCUACGCGCAGGUGUAACCGACCCAGGCAUGAUAACGGAAACAACUACUGCACGGGUCACGACAAGAAAUAUCAGUCUUGUCAUGCACAACAAUGCAACAAAGUACCACGUAUGACGGUGCGCGAGUUUGCUGACCAAAUCUGCUUGCGUGCGCGCGAUGUCGACCCUGACCUUAUAGGAACUGGGCUGCAGAGGAUCGACUCAGAGGACGUGAGCAGCGCUUGUGCAGUAUGGUGCGACACGCGCGGAGGCGGUUACAAGUCUCGCGGCUGGAGUUUGCCUGAUGGUACCGCGUGCUCGAGAACACAACCUAUGUUCUGCAUCUCCGGACUCUGUCAGAAAUUCACCUGCGAUUCGAGCAGCGACAACGAGUUUUCGCUGAAACCCGGCGAUUGCGAAUGGGAGGCACUGCAACUACAAACUGCUACUCCACAUACCGUCACCACAACAAAGACAUCUGGUACGUGGCGGCGUGCGGUGGGGUCGAAGUGGCGCGCGGCCAGCGGCUGCCACUACCACUGCGUGAGUCCGGGCAGCGGCGUGCGGCUGGUCAGCUCGGCGCGGCACACCACCAUACAGCUGUGCCGGCCAGACGCCGCGAGACCAGAACUCGGUUGUUUGCAACGAAAGUCACCUUACCAGUACGCGACAAUGGUUUGCUCUAAGUACAAGGAGAGAGUGAGACGGCUGUCAGGGUUGGGCAUGCAGAUAUCGCCUGUACUAGAGGAACCAGACCGUCCAUGUCGUGUUGCAUGUCAAGACGAGCGAGUAGCACACCGCUUCUACCUGGUGAACGGUCAGGAGGGCUGGUUCCCGCUCGGCACAUCCUGCGGGAAGCGGAACUCCUCCUAUUGCGUCAGCGGAAAGUGUUUGGAGUUCGGUGCCGACGACACGCCACUAUCAGAAUCAGUAUUUACGUUACCAUUACUACCACGAGGAAGGACGUCCCGCCAUCGCCGCGCGCUGCAUCGCAACAGACUGACUGUCAAAGCCAAUCUAGAUCAAUUACAUUUGCAAGAUAUUAUUGCUGCUUUGAAUUUUACUGGUAAAACCGGUGAACAUAUCAUAUAUUAUGAUUCUAUACCCGACAAUAUAGAGAUAGACUUCAACAAUCCCAUACAUAUUGCGCCUGAAGAUACAUUUAUGAGGAAAAUACCACGACCUACAUGGGACUGAGACUCGCUAAAAAGGACUGGCAGAGAUGGAAAAUAUGCACCCACUUAACACUUUGAAUACCACAAAAAUAACUUUCACAGUGACCUUGUCAAUGUCCUUGAAAGUGUUUAGAACUCAAUAUUAUUCAAAGAAUGUUUCAAAUAAUUCGAUUUAUGACCAAAAUAAGACAAUUUAAUUGUUUCAGA